AUGCAAGAGUUAAGGUACCAUAUGCGUGACUGUCAAUCAGCAACACAAAAUAGAGAAAUCGACAGCGAACUCGAAAGACAGUUUCACGAAAUACAAAAUGAAACAAGCCGAUUUGAACGAAUGGAAUAUGAAACAAGAGUACUUGAAAGAGAGCAAGAUCAAUUAUUGCAACGUGAAAGAGAACAACGUGAAAGAAUAGAACAUAGAAGAAUGGAAUUUGAACAUAUGCAUGAAGAAGCAAAAAGAUCACUAAGGAAAUUAUAUUCCAACCUAAGCCAAUCUAAAGAAAGAAUGGCCUUCUCUGCGCCUGAAAGCCCAGAAGAACUCCUUCUCGCCUCUUCUCAGGUUCGAAGACAAUCAUUGCAACGAAUGCGACAUUCCGAUAGUGAUUCUCAUCCUCCUCCUCGUCCUUCUCCUACCCCCACUGUUACUACCACUACUAAUGCUACUAUUGCUGAACGUAGUCCUAUAAAUACUCAAACAAUUGUUCUUCAAAACUGGAAUCCAAAAACACCAUACAUGGACAAAAUUAAAGCGAGCACUAACAUACAAACAGCUUAUCAGAUUUAUUUAAAUAAAUGUCAAUCCUAUGCUAAAUCACCGUCUUUUUAUUUCGAUGUAGCAUCCUAUUUUUUCUCACAAGCUUGUUCUCCUUUUUCGAAAACAUCAGCAAUUGAUACAUUUAAUCAACAUCAUUCAAUGUCAAUUUUUAGCACUCAAACAGUUUCAAAUGAAACUAGUUCUAGUAAUUUCGAUUCAAAUCAAUAUGUAUACUUUGGCUUACGUAUUUUAACCAAUGUACUAGAAUUAGAAUUAGAAUCACCACAAUUAUUACGAACAGUUGCCUAUAAACUUGUCGAACUUGGUCUUUUCAAUUUAGCUGAGAAUUUUUUUCGACACAUUGUAAUUCUACGAUCGGAUGAGUCACAAUCAUUUCGAGAUCUUGCAGUAUUGUUGCAAGAAUCUAAUAUUCAAUAUAAUCAUAUUACAGAAAUAUCAGAUCUAUUUAAGAAAGUUAUAUUAGGUGAAUGGAAUAAUCGUUUUGCUGAAAUUGAAGUUACAGCAUUGCAUGAAUUGAAUUGGUUUCUAUUUAAAUUUCAUCAACAGCAGCAAAUGUCAGCAUCUCUUGAUAAUCGUCUUAUUCGUCAUUUACCUGUUGAUUUAAGAAUAGUUUUGGUGUGGGAUACAGAUGAUACAGAUGUUGAUUUACACGUAAUUGAAUCAACUGGCGAAGAAUGUUAUUAUUCGCAUAAAAAUACAGCUUUUUGA